UUCAAUUCUGACAGCCAAGGAAAAAAUGAAGUCCUUUCUAUCGCAGUCAAUAGUUUUAUUUUUAUUUUUUAAAAUAUUUGUUUGAACGUCUCUUAUUUAACCUCAAUAUGAAUAUAUAUGAAUGUAUAUACGCAUAUAAUAACCUGGUAGCCAGCCUCUGUUUCUGGAAGAAUCUCAGGACCAUUUUGCUUCAAUAAUAUACCCAUUAUUCCUUCGCUUCUUAGCUUCUUCAAUCUCUCCCCUUUCAGACCCAUUCUUUCGCGUUCAGUUUUGAGAUGGAAGAGCAAAACUCUGAACAUGGGCAUAUAAUUGAAGUGCAUGGAGAGGUUCCAGAUGAAGACAAAAGCUUGCGCGGGAUUAAGAUUUGUGGGGAAGCACCAUGUGGAUUUUCGGAUGCCAAGGCAAGUUCUAAAGAUGCGCAGGAACGAUCAGCAUCCAUGCGGAAACUUUUAAUUGCAGUAGGACUGUGUGUUGUUUUCAUGACUGUGGAAGUUAUUGGAGGUAUUCAAGCCAACAGUCUUGCGAUUUUGACAGACGCAGCUCAUUUACUAUCAGAUGUUGCAGCAUUUGCAAUUUCUUUGUUCUCAAUCUGGGCAUCAGGUUGGGAGGCGACUCCUCGCCAAUCUUAUGGUUUCUUCAGGAUCGAAAUAUUGGGCGCUCUUGUUUCUAUUCAAAUGAUAUGGCUUCUUGCUGGAAUCCUUGUUUAUGAAGCCAUUGCUAGACUUAUCAAUGAUACUGGUGAAGUUAAGGGCUUUCUCAUGUUUGUUGUCUCUGCAUUUGGUUUGGUGGUUAAUAUUGCUAUGGCAAUCUUGUUGGGUCAUGAUCACGGCCAUGGGCAUGAUCACGGCCAUGGGCAUGAUCAUGGACAUGGGGGCCAUAGUCAUGGCCAUGAAGGUUAUGACGAUAGACAUCACCAUGGGAUAAGUGUCACCAGACAUCACCAUCACCAUCACCAUCAUGAUCAUGAUGAUCAUGAUCAUGCUCACCAAGGGAGGCCGUCACAACAUGAUAACGAGCAGCAUAAUGCUAAUGAAGCUGGUCUCACUGAGCCUCUUCUUAAUAAUUGCUGUGAAGGUGAAACGAAAGCUGCAGGUGGAGCCAAACCGAAAAGGCAAUGGAAUAUCAACAUACAAGGGGCUUAUCUUCAUGUACUUGGGGACUCUAUUCAGAGUGUUGGAGUGAUGAUUGGUGGGGCAAUUAUAUGGUAUAAGCCUGAGUGGAAGAUCAUCGAUCUCAUAUGCACGCUCAUUUUUUCAGUAGUUGUGCUGGGAACGACAAUCAGGAUGCUGCGGAACAUUCUGGAGGUUCUGAUGGAGAGCACACCUAGGGAGAUCGACGCCACAAAGCUUGAGAAAGGUCUCUGCGAGAUGGAGGAAGUCGUUGCCAUACACGAGCUGCACAUUUGGGCCAUUACCGUUGGUAAGGUCUUGCUGGCCUGCCAUGUUAUAGUUAAGCCGGAUGCCGAUGCUGAUAUGGUACUAGAUAAGGUCAUAGACUAUAUCAGGAGAGAGUAUAACAUCAGUCAUGUGACAAUUCAAAUUGAGCGUCAGUAGAUCUUGUGGAGGCGAUUAGCUUUAGGUAGAGUAUUGUAUUUAGUUGAGCUAAUCUCUCAAACUUAUCUUUCUCUUUUUAGUUCAAAAUAUUGUUUAAGCAAGCUCUUUGCCUUAAUUCUUCUCUUAUUUUAAUAUAUAAUGCGCAUAUUGUUGGCAGAAA